CUUGAUUCCGCGUUGUGGCUAAAAAUUUCGCUCGUAGUUUUACCAGAAAAUUUGGAUGUAAAAUAGUGCAAAAGUUGUUAAAACUGUGUUCCACGACAAGAUGACUACUACGGCAAUCAAACGAAAACCGAUUCCGGAUGGGGAAUGCCCUUUUGGGGCGAAAAAAGUGAAAGUUGAAAACGAGCAGAACGGUGUGGUGUCUCAGGAGAAGAAGAUCAAAAAACCUAAAGUGAAGAAAACAACGGGUCAGCAAAACGGAACGGGUGGUAAGAAGGGGAAAGCUAAGCGAGAUGUUGCGAAUGAAGUGGAGAAUGGAUAUGCGAAGGAAGAUGCCGCUGGGGCACCGUCUAACAAAGUGGUGGAAAACUUCCGCCAGAAGCUGACAAAGGGAGUCGUUACUGUUGACACAAUUCGACAUUUCACCCGUGCGAUUCAGGAAAAUCCUUCCUAUGCAGUGGACUAUAUCCGUGCCGGAGGUACAUUCAAACCCCUGCUCAAAAUCCUGGACUCAAUGGAUAAGGAAAAAUUAUCCAACAUAGCGAUUCUCCUUGAGCUGAUCCAUUACAUUCUGAUCGAGAGUGUAAAUUACGGCGAAGUCCAUGCCGAUUAUGCGAGUAAAUGUGCCAGGAAGAUUUUUACCGAUUACAAGCCGGUGGUCUUGUCCUUGCUGAAAGGACAACAGGAUGAGCAAUUGCUGAUGGCAGGGUUUCGUAUUCUCAAAGCGAUUUUGCUGGUGGAUCAAAAUUUUGGAAGAGAUAUUUUGCAACUGCUAGAUGUUUGCCUACCGGAGAUGGAAGUUGGCAAGUACAGACAGUCGUUUUCCAGUGGUACUCAGGAGUCGCUACGGGAAGUCUUCAUUGACUUCAAUCUGUCGUUUUUGAUCGAUACGAGUUCGGAACUCGUUCGUAUGUGGCUAAGUCGUUUUCAACUGCUGAGUCCUUUGCUGAACAACUUGGUGUACGAUCGAGCCGAGAAUGUUAUUUUCGUUCUGAAGACUAUCCAGCAGUACGUUCUGGAAUCGCACGAAAUCGAUAAAUACAUCUAUAGAACCACAUUUAGCACGGACAUUCUGAAAGCCUUGGUCAAUGUAUACGAGUGGGUUGGACCAGCCAAGGAAGAAGUUGAUUUGCAGAUGAAAAAUACCGUGUUGAACGCAGCGGAGAAGGUGAUUCUUCCACUGUUGACUUCCAAAAAGUAUCAUCUGGUUCCAAAGGUCGUCGACCUAGGAAGAGGCAAUUCUCGCCACAAACACAUUCUGCUGGCAUUGAAAAACUCACAACUGCACAAGCAUCAGAAAAAGUUAGUCCUGAAGAUAUUCGAGGUUUGCCCCGAUGUUCUCCCUGCAGUGUUGGAGAACUUCGGCACCCUGCUGAAAACGAAGAAAGUGGAGUGCAAUGAAUUUCUGCUGGAGAUUCUUCGGCAACCAAAUCCGGAAGAGGUCACAAAGCAUUUCACCGCAGCAAAUGCCAAACAGGUGUCGAAUUUUGUCACAAAAUCUACCCUCCCGAGGACUGUACUGGAAUUUAUAACCACUUCCAUCAAUAAGAAAGCUGCCACCGGAUACUGUUUGGAAUUUCUAUCCGUAAUGUUGACCCAGUGCGAGAAAUACCUCGAGGAAAUUUCCAAGCUUAAAAACCUCGACCAGUUCGACCUCAAAAAAGUCAAGUUCGAUGUCAUCAACCAGAUCCUGGCGCUGUUCCCUACAAUUGACGCCAUCAUGUCAGCAAUGAUGUUUCAUCGUUUGGAUAAAGCCGUCGCAAAGCCAUACAUAGCCAUGGAACAUGCUAUGGACAUCCUACUGGCUUGCAUCCGAACCUUCCCUUCGUAUAUCGAAUCAUCUUCCUUCAUCACGACCUACCGAAAUAUUCUGGACCCCGUGUACCGCCACCGCGCCAUAGAGUAUGAAUAUCUGCCGUACGAAUUCAAGGCCAUCAAGGUCGUAAUAGCCCUCGAGCCGCAAUCGAUUGCCUUUAACUCGGAGCUCUUCCCAUCGGUUCUCAAACUCCUAACAAAAGUCUACCUCAACGGAAGCCCCGAAAUGCAACGUGAAUCCACCACACAGUUGCUAACCCUUUUCCGCAAUACCACCCUGUUUGGAAACAAUCCCACCGAAAUUGAAAUCUGGUUCCAAUCACUGUAUCACACCGAUCCUCUACUCGUACCGACACUGGUGUCCUUCUUGGCAUUCUCCUUCCGCCAGGCUGCCGAACGACAAGGUAUAUUGGUGGAAAAAGACCACUCUUUGGUCAACGAAGCCUUCGAAAAGGUACGCCGGUCGGAUUUAGAUGAUAUGUUCGAACGAGUCGAAGCGGAAGCUGCUGGACAGUUGGAACAGGAGGAAACCGUCGAACUACCGGUGGCGGAUAACUUUUUGAUUUAUAUGUUCAAUCCAAGCACGAACAAGCCAAAACAGUUCAAUCCAUAUUUGGAAGCGGUUGCACUGAGAUACUUCCACCUGCUACCGCACCCGGAGAUUGUCGAAAACUGUGCGAAAAAUGUUGAAGGAGAGCUGAAGAAGUAUUUCAGCAAGUGGAUCGUGGAGGGGAAGCUGAAGUCGUUGGAUGGAUUCGGAGAGAACAGUUCACUGGGUCGGUUGAGCAAUGUGUUGCUGAAGAAGGAGAAGAACGUCCAGGCCGUUUUGCCGGAAGGUCCUUCGCACCGCUGCGAGCUGGUCUACUUGAUCCACGAAACCAUCUUCUACGCCACGCAACUAAUCGAGCUGGGGAAAUUCGAUUCCAGUUACUCAACCGUGUGCUCAUUCUACUUGAACAACUUUCUCGAGCUUCUACUAACCGAAGAAGCGGACCUUAAAGCAGAGGAUCACAAGCUGGGUGAAGUCCUCGAGAACAUCUUUUGCCACCGUCCCGUUCUCUAUCAGCACUUCACCAUCGCCAAUCAGAAAAGCGAAACCUCCACUGUCGUAACGAACUUCAUCUACGAACUGAUGAAGAAGUUGCAAUCGGUGCCAAGCUUUUCCCACUACACGAUGCUGUAUUCGAACAAGAUCGUCAACGAAAUCAUUUCCUCGUCGGCGAAGAAGAGUAGCUUUGAGUUGAAUUCAUCACUGAUGGAGAAGUUGCUGGAGAUUUUCCAACUGAACGAGCGACACUGUGUCAGUUUGCUGAAACACUACUCUAAGCUAUCGCAUAGAAAGUUCAUCAACGAGAAAAAUGAGAAAACCUAUCACUUCAAUUUGCUGACGACGGGAUUGCAAAAGUUGGCUGGUAAUCGUGACCACUUUCUGGAUCGCGAAACAAUUGGCAGUAUUUCCCAGAUCUACGUGGAUUUUAUUCGGGAGAAUGGGAACGAGUUAAAUUUGGAGACUUUGGAAGUGGCUCUGCAAAAUUACUUGGAUACGUUCAGUCACAACAUUGGCCAUCUGAAGGUGGAUUUCUUCCGGUGCUUCUUCGAAAGUAAGCGCAUCGGAAAGCCGAUGGUUAAAUUGGCGGCCUUCCUACUGGGAAGAGAUACUCGAUUGAGCAGUGUUUUCCUUGAGUUGAUUCAAGGAAAUGUUGCGAAGAAGGAACUGGUUUAUCCACUGAUAAACGUUGCCUUUGCAAAAGGAGUCUUUGAGGGAAACUCGGAAAGUACCAAAAAAAUUCUAAAUGUGGUCUACAGUGAGUUCAAGAGUGGUAUCAGCAAAACUAUCGAAAAACCUGGUAAGGCAGCUGUUAUAUACAAGGAGAACUCAAUCGCUAACCAGCAACUGAUCCGUAUCUGCAUGCCCAAGAACGAAUGUGUGGAUUUCGCUAAGAAGAAGCUGAAAAUCGAUUCCUUGGAAGUGUACCAGCUCAAGCUGAUGAUGGAAAUCUACCGGAAAGCCCUCGACGGCACAAAGAAUGAUGCUGCUCAGGAUAAGGUUGUCUACGUGAACGUUAUCAAUGUUCUGCUGCAAUUCUACAACAUUUUGCUGAAGGUUGGAGACCUUCUCAAAGAAGUGAAUAAACUGAAUGAGUUGAUUUUGGAGACAUUCUCGUGGGUUCAAUUGGGCAAGACUUGCAAACACUUGAGCGACAUGGAAUUCAAAGAAAUUACUGACACUGCCAAUUGGUCUAAUUUCUGCAAGUUUGCUCUAAAGCUUGGAAUCGACAUUCAAAAGUCCCCAGAUCAUCCCAAUCGGCACGAUGAACGGCUGCAUGUGCUGCUGAAAAUCGCCGCCGUAUUGGUAGAUCUGUUCUACAAGGACAACAGCUCACCUCCGGAUGUGGCCACUUUUUACGAAUUGACUUUGUCUCAUUCCCGCUUCCUGGACGUCCUGCUGGUUCCUUUCCAGUUUAAGAUCAAGACAUCACUCGUGCAACUAUUGCUUAUGUUCGCUCGUAAAAACCCCUCCGUGAUGAACAAAAAGCACGUUCCUCUACUGCUAGGUGCGUACGGUGCAACGCUCACCGAAGGCAAUCGGUAUAUUCUGGCCUUGAUUCAGUUGUACGAACGGUCAGGCGUCCACAUACACGAAUACCGCCCAUUCCUGUGGGGAGAAACUGCUAUCAAACACUUUUCCCUGGGGCAAGAUUCAACCGAUAAGCAGACACUCUUCCGAAUCAACAAUUCAGAAGUUUUCAAUCUGCUCAACAAGGAAAAACUGCUCAACACACUCAGCAGUUUCCCUAUUUGGCGAAAAAUGGACGCCGGAGCACAACUUCCGGAAGUGAAUUUCGAUGAUCUAAGGAAGGAUCGUGUCCAAAUCAGCGGAUAUCAUGCCACAACGGAUAUUGAGCGCUUCGUUGAAAAUGGACACCUCAAAGACAAAAAACCUGCCCCCGACAUGUUGUACAAUUGUGCUGGUAAACGAGAAGUCCUAGCGGCUAUUUACGAUCCAGCGUUCCUGUUGCCGAUGCUGGGAUACCUCUUUGCCCCGGAAAGCUCUGAUCUGCUCGAUGUUGCCGGCAAGAAUGGAGCUCUGGCCCUGCCGUUUGCGUGUCUUGCUAGUGAAGAUGAGGUGAUGCGGUUGGCUGCUGGUAGUGUCAUAGUGCGGAUCAAGGGACAUUUGGAGCUUUCGAGAAAAUUCAUCGACUCCCAAUUUUGGUUGCACCUGUUCACUGCCGUCCAAAAUGGCCUAGCCACCCUGGGGAAAAUCAAACCACCGGGUCAGGAUCAACCCGCCACAGUCACGAAGAAAAACCUUUCGAAACCGGCCUUCCUACCAACUCUUUUCAUCGGGGAAACAGUCAACAUCCUCUCGGACGUCUUGAACGAACUGCACUCCACCCUAACGCACUACUUCCUGCUAAAGGACACAUUCGAAUUCAAAGCCGUUCCUAACUUUCUAGUUAUGUUCCACAGUUCCGAAGUUAAACACAACAACCACCGGGUCUUCAUCCUGGAAACAAUCUACAAUGGUUUAAAAACGCACGACGAUUUUAUGAUCCUCCGCCAUUCUCCGGUGAUCCGAGCCCUGAUGGACUUCUACGGAUCUUCGCUGUCCAAUCGAGAUCUAAACAUUCUCAUCCUGAACACCCUGAACAGUAUCGCCAAAAUCCCGAAAUCUUGUGAAGUCAUGAUCAAUUCAGUUGGAUUCCUGACGUGGUUAAGCGAGCGAAUCGAAGGAAUCGAGAGCUUCCACUUCGAUACCAUCGAAGCCUUUCUGGGAAUCAUAAGCAACAUAUGGUAUUCCGCCCAGAUCCAACGGCAGAGCUACAACAUGAAACAGUUCAGCCGAUCAGUACUGAUCAUGGUAUUGAAAUUCCUGCCACUGCUUUCAACCCGAAGUUCCAGUAAGACGCUCACAAGGUUUCUGAAUCUGCUAGAAAAGACGACUACGGAAAACGCACGUAAUAUGGUGCUGGUUAGUGAGGAAGUGCUGGAGCUGAUGCUGGCGUACUUUGAGAAGCUGUUCGAACAGCAAUUCUGGUACGUUAAGUACGUUAGGACGAAUGGAAGUGAAAAUGGCCAAGAUUGUCAGUCGCUAGGCGAGAAGAUGGUGGCGCAGGGUAUGGAGCAGAGUACGAUUCAUGUCGUACUGACGCUGAGAAGAUUCGUCAUUCGAUGGCAGAAGGCUCAGGUAAAAAUUAGCAAAUAAGCUUAAAGUAAAAGUUUUGAUUUUUUCUAGAUGUUUACUAUUUUAUGAUGUAUAAAAUAAGA